AUGGUCGGCACUCUCGUCCUCACACGUCACGGUCAAUCCGAGUGGAACAAGCUCAACCUCUUCACUGGCUGGAAGGACCCUGCUCUUACCGAGCUUGGUCGCGAGGAAGCUCUCACCGGCGCCAAGCGUGUCGCAGCCACUGGCAUCAAGUUCGACGUUGCCUUCACGUCCGCCCUGCAGCGUGCGCAGACGACCCUUGGCAUUCAGCUCAAGGAGAUCGGUCAGGAGGACAUCACCAUCCACAAGGACCAGGCGCUCAACGAGCGCGACUAUGGCGAGCUUAGCGGCCUCAACAAGGACGAUGCGCGCAAGAAGUGGGGCGAGGACCAGGUGCACAUCUGGCGUCGAUCCUACGAUAUCCCCCCUCCCGGAGGCGAGAGUCUUAAGCUCACCGCCGAACGCGUUUGGCCCUACUACCACAAGGAGAUCCUGCCCCUCGUCAAGGAGGGCAAGAACGUGAUUGUUGCCGCGCACGGCAACUCGCUCCGCGCCAUGAUCAAGGACAUCGAGGGCAUCAGCGAUGAUGACAUUGUCGGCCUCGAGCUCGCUACCGGCGUCCCCAUUCUGUACAAGCUCGACCAGGACGGAAAGGUCGUCUCCAAGGAGAUCCUCCAGGGCUAA